AUGCGCCAAAUAUUUCUUUUUUUUGCAGGGGCACUUUUUUCUUUAUCUUGUUUUGCUUUUGCAGAUGGGUUUAUCAUUGCGAAGCGGACGGGGGUUCCGUACAACUUUUUGAUGUGGUUACCUGCAAUUAUGGUCAUCGUAGGUAUGUUUCUUUUUAGAGUCACGAAUGCAACGGUACUUGUGGACACUGAUAAUUUACUUGACGAUAAGGGAUCGCGGCGCGAAAAGGUGCUUUUCUUCAUUGGCGCAUUGUUGACAGUUGGUGGGUGUGCGGUCGCCCUCUGGAAGGCGAUCAACCCUUAUUCUAAUCUGGACGACGCAUGGCCUGGAGUUUUUCUGGUAGUCCAAAGUUUACUCCUGACUCUUUGCUCCGGGAUCCUUUUUUUUGUCCGGUUGCAGCGUGAGGAUGAUUGGGUUUGA